AUGGAAUACGAUGGAAGACAUUUGCAAAAAGGCGAUCCCCUACCACCAUUUAGUGGAAAACCACGGCUUUUUUCCAUGAGGUUCUGUCCUUAUGCCGAACGAUGUGUUCUAAUGUUAAACGCAAAGAAAGUGGAAUAUGAUUUAGUUUUUAUAGAUCUGAGCAACAAACCGGAAUGGAUUUUUACGUUCAACCCUAAAGGCUCUGUACCAAUUCUGGAGUAUGAAGAAGGCAAAGCCAUAUUUGAAAGUUCUAUAAUUACAUCCUACAUAGACGAGACGUAUCCAUAUCCAGCCCUUCAGGCCGUAGGGUCCCUCAAAAGAGCACAAGAUAAGGUUGUUGUAGAGCUGUUGUCUACCGCUCAAGCUGCAUAUUACAUAGCAGCAUUCAAUGCGCAGGCAAUUAAGCCAGAAACAGUGCUAAGCUAUCAUCGAAGUCUAGAAAUACUGCAGAAAGAUAUUGCAGGCAGAGGAACCACAUAUUUGGCUGGAGAUAAACCUGGGUACAUUGAUUAUAUCGUCUGGCCAUUCUUGGAGCGUUAUAUAGCUCUUCAUCUAGUGGGAAGACAUGAAUUUGCUAUUACAGAAGAUAAAUAUGAUAUAUUAAUAAAAUAUAUGCAUGCUAUGAAGAAAGACCCUGCGAUUCAGUCCUACAGUUUAGAGCCCGAAAACCAUGCCAAGUAUAUCGAAUCUCGUGUCAAAGGAAAGCCAGACUACAGCAUCGACUCAACAAAUUCAUUUGAUAGGAAAAAUAAUAAAAUUAUAAAGCCCAAAAAGGUUGAUUCAUAUCAAGAAUCUAUCGAAAUGCAUACUAAAAAACCAUCAAUGUAG